AUGUCGUCGUCGAUUCUCUCACCUUUGCAGCUCCCAAACGAGAUCCUGACGGCCAUCGUAAAUGAGUUAGACAACUUGAACACGCCCAAGACAGUGUGCGCACUCCUCCUCGUAUCCCGCCGUUUCCGGGACAUCACAAUACGCCACAUCUACAAAGAAAUGGAUAUAUCAUUCUUCCAUCGCAAACAACUUCCGACACUCAUGUUCCUAUCGCGGAACAUCUCGUCGAACCCUGGUGUGCAGUUCACCACCUCCUUUAUAUUCGAAUACCUCACGAUGCUGUCCUCGACCAGCGACAGCGUGCAGGCGAACAUCGAGCUUAUUCUCCCGCACCUGGUGAACGUCGGCCGUCUACACAUUACCUUCUGGCCUGUCGGUGUCUUCGACCCCCGUGCACUGCGCUUGCUCCCUCCCAGCGCCCGGCUCUCCCACCUCUGCGUGGAUCGCAGCACCGAGUUGACGCAUCUCUCGCCGUUCCUCACCCGGUCCCACCCCUCACUCGAGACCCUGAUCAUACGCACAGCGAAUCCACGCGCGGUCCCUUGCCAACCCAUCCAACCCACCGACGAGAAGUUAUCAGCGAGAACGUUGUUUCCUAACCUCCGAUCCCUCUCCGCGCCAAUUGAGGACCUCCUGCUGUUCACGGAUAUUCCGAAUUCGCUGGUGAACCUUUCUGUUGCCGGACACGGCCCAUAUUAUCCCGUCGGCGACGAGGUCGAGUAUGUCCUCCAGAACUUCAAGGGAUUGCGUACGCUGUCCGUAGACGAGACCUACUUCUACGACGUACUAGUGCUUUUGCUACGCGGUCUUCCCAACCUCGAGUACCUCUCCUUGGAUGGCGCAUCGAUGCCACCAGGUGCAAAUGCCAACAAGCUAUCUCUGUUCUCUUCGACCAAGUUGAGAUAUAUCCGCCUCGCGUAUACUUCGCAGGAUCCGCUCGACAUGGCCACCAUAUUCUUCAGCAUUGUGGACACACUAUUGGUAUUUGACAUUGAUCGUGGAACGAACUAUGCGCGGGUGUGUAGGGAUCCGAUGGACAAAUUUAUAGUCAACUCUGGUACUGUUUCCGAUUCGAAAUGGACGCAAUGGUGGGAGCAGGCGGUCCCAGAGGUCGAGAGCUUCAAGGCUGAGCCGUCGUUCGUCCUGGAAAUCAAAGAGCGUGGGAUAUUCGAGGAUGCCAUCUAA